AUGGCGCGGGAAGCUCCGGUGGGUCAGGCCCAGGCCGGGGUCUCUGGUGAUCCGGUGACCGGGGAUGAAGACGAGGCGCCAGACAGCUGUCUGGAUGUCAGCUCGGAGUCCUUCGACCCCCUGAUAGCCCUGUACUCCCCCCGCACCCCUCUCCCCUUCCCCAAUGUCCGGUGCUUCAACAACCUGGCCGAGUAUGAGAGCUUCCUGCGGGGAGGUGGCCGGGCCCGGGGACGGGCGGAGGGGCCGAAAAAAGCCAAAAAGGGGAGGAAACCGGCACCGGACCCCGAGAGGGUGGAGAGGCUGAAGAAGCUGAUGGUGACAAAGCCGGAGGAGGAGGGGAAGAGACCACCCAGGAGGAGGAAGAAGACCCCCAAGAACGUGCUCACCCGCAUGCCAUUGAAUGAAGGCGGUCCUUUGGGAGUGCUGUAUCGCUGUGUGCAGGAACGGUUGAAGGUCAACGUUCAUAUCCGUACCUUUAAGGGACUGCGUGGUGUUUGCUCUGGAUUUGUUGUUGCAUUUGACAAAUUUUGGAACAUGGCCAUGGUCGAUGUAGAUGAGACAUAUAGGAAGCCUGUCCUUGGGAAAGCUUUCUACAAUGAGCCCCAGUUGACGCUGACACGGUUGUUUGACAGGCUUAAGCUGCAGGAGUCUGAGUUACAAUCCUCUACAGAAACAAAAAGUGCUAGUACAGACAGGAGAACUUCUGCCCAAGAUCCUAGGAGAUCCACCCAAGCCCUAGGUAGGCACACCACUGUUCAGGAUCAAGGACAAUCGGGAAUCUUCGAUGAUAAAUCCAAACUGAGGACUAGACAUCCAAAAGAGAAGAUUGAUUAUCAGAAGGUGUAUAAGCGCCACAUAAAACAGGUUUUUAUUCGGGGAGAAAGCAUUUUACUGGUUCACUUAUCAACAUGA